CCACCGAAAUAGCCCGACAGCCGGCUGAGCAGAUUUUGCGUACUGACUUAAGGUGUAAGCUUCAACAAUCUGUUCAUAAAGGAUAUGGAUGGAUAUACGGAUCCGAUUUCAUUAUGGGAGAGGCGAUCUGGCGCGGGGAUUAUUUGCAGAAAAGCAUGGACUUUCCACUUGUUUACACUCGCUGGCUAAAGACUAGGCAUACAUUGGAUUUUAUUCGUUUACUUUUGUCGUUAUCGAGUUAAGGUGUUUGAUCAGCUGCAAAACGGUAAUGUUAGUUAGGCUACUCGUGGAAACCAAUUCAAUUUUUAGUAAAAGUUCUCAAUUGCACAGGUAAUUUACACUGAUUUUGAUGCGACCUGUUUUCCGUUGUGCUGGGUCGUGGCGCUGUUUACACGCAGCUGGUCUUCACCAAGACGCGCUCUCUGCCGCAGAUGUAAAAACGUGUGCCUAAUUCAGUAUAAACACAUGAACCGUGUUAUUUGUGCGUCAGUAAAAAAAAACAGAUGGAGUUGAACUUUUUCCUGGUGGUACUCGCCGCGGUUUUCCGCCCCAGUGAAGGCUACGCCAUCCUAAACUCGGUCUCCUGGGCUGUCACGAACGAUGUUGAGGGAGAACUGGAGGCUAACUCAAACGAAGAGGCGGCUCCGGCUCUCCUCGUAGACGCGGGCAGCAUUUGGAAACAGGCUUUCCCGGCCUCCGUCUAUGACAACGAUGCGGAAAAACGCCCCGAGCCGCUGCUGGAGACCAAAGACCUUAAGCAAGCAUUGGCGGCUCCCAGAAUGUUUUCGUAUCGGAUGGAGGGGAUGAAACGGACCGCAGGCGCUCCGCCCCCGCCCGAGGAAACGGCGAGAACGGCUCGAUACCUGGCUCAUAACAGCGAUUGGGGCUUCCUCGCCACCAUCUCCACAUUGGACACGAUUAAAGGUGUACCUUUCGGGAAAAUCUUCUCCGUCAGCGACGGCCCCUCCGACAACAGCACAGGGGUGCCGUACUUCUACGUCAGUGAGAUGGACAACACCGUGAUUGACCUGAGGAGCAACCCUUUCGCCUCCCUCACUUUCUCCGACAUGCAGGGAAUCAGCAGGGAGAAGGCUCCUUACCUGGAUGACCCCCGGAGUGCCAGGCUCACACUGACAGGGCAGGUGAUGGACGUGGGAAGGGAGGAAGCGGAGUUUGCCAAAGAAGCCAUGUUCUCAAGACACCCAGCGAUGAGGAAGUGGCCGGUGGAACACAGGUGGUUCUUCAUGAAGCUGAGCCUGGAGCAGGUGUGGCUGCAGAACUGGGUGGGCGGGGUUUCGCAGGUUCCCCUGCACGAGUACCUAAAAGCCGCGCCCCUCUGACUGCGGCCCCGUCGCCCAGCUCCCGGGGAGCAACGUCUGCUGUAGCUGGGGCGGUUCCCCUCUGUCUCCAGCUCACCUUCAUAUUCAGGAGUUCAGCCGCAUGUCCGUCACACACAAUCACUAUUGCACUCACACACAUACAGACACAUAGAUCACAGCCAAUCACGAUUGUACUCACACACAUACAGACACAUACAUCACAGCCAAUCACUGUUGCACUCGCACACAUACAAA